AUGGGAAACCAAGGAUCCACCAUGGACAUCAGGUAGACUCUCAUUUGGAUAGUUAGUAGGUUUGUUUUCAUCUUCUUCUCCUCCUCUUCCUCCUCCUCCCCCUCCUUUAAUCGCGUCAGGCCGCCAUCUUGGAAAAAUAAUUAGGACAAGGGAGAAGACUGUCGACCUCUCCCUUGUAAUACUUGUUUCAUGGCACGCUUUUACUCUCUGUCACUUUCAUCAUACCAGAUGGCGGCAGAGCAAUCGAAGGACAUGUCAUCGCUUUCCCAGAAAAAAGACGCCUCGCUUUGAGUUUAAUUUCGAGGUUCUACUAGUAUAAGGCAGCCAAAAAUCCUGUCAUCAUGCCCUCUUGUUUUCAGGAAAGAUCAAGACACAUCUUCAAAUGAUGAUCUGGCGUCAUCCUCACUCAGAUCCAGUGUCCCGCAGUUCGCCUCCACGGAUUAUCUUUACAGUGUAGCCUCAGCGCCAGAACUGAGAACUAAUCCGAUAAGACCAAAAGAACUGCAAGUAAACCUGCGAAAGUAUCACCGAGAGAAAGUCCGUUUGCCUGCCAGCGAGAUCCAGUGGGCUAAACAACUUGUGUACAGCCAUACUCAAAAACUACUGGAGUAUUGUAAGCGAGAGACAGGUGUGGUCAGUGGUAUGGAGUACGGGGGUACAAUGUACGAGAGGCUGGAAAGCAAACGAGGUAAUGAGAUUGACGUAAUGUUGGUGCUGAAAACGGGUUCUGAAGAUGUAACGCUUCACGAGGUUGUUCCGAAAUUGUACUCAAAGAUAAAACUUGUUAAAGAUAAGGCCGAUACGAAGCUGGCAAGGCUCACUGAUAAACAUGGCUAUUUGCAGCCAGCUAAAAUGCAAGUCUGGCUUGACAGGCUAGCUCAGAAAUGGACGGAGAAAACUAGGCGAUCUUCGGACGGAUCCAGAGUUUAUACUCAUAAGAAUGGUCCAGCUAUCGAGAUCAUCAUCCGGGAUACUAACAGAGGAGGCUCAGUAACCGCGCAGAUAAUUCCAUGUGUAAGGUUCCCGGAUGAGUCGGGAGAUUAUCGCCACUAUGUGCCAUGCGCGUUCAAAGAGUGUACGAAGUUUGAACUGGGAAAUACCUCAGAGCGCUCGAUUUUGUGGAGAAGAACAUUCUCACUGAAAGAAAGAGAAAUUGUUUCCAGUUUAGAUCGUUCUGUAACGAGCACAUGCCGACUGGAAUGUCUAAAAAUUCUCAAAUUCUUUUUCAGCUCAGACAAAAAGCUGCGCAGUUUUCGUUUCUAUUUGCUUAAAACGGCUUUUUUACACUACCGCACCACAGACCCAGAAUGGCGCGCGGAUCAACUCGCGGAGAGAUUUCUCGGUAUGUUGAGCUACGUUCAAGAAUGUGUGAAGCGAAAAGAUCUACCGCACUACUUUUUACCGAGCGUUAACCUUUUCAAAGGACUGAGUGGAACGGCUCGCGAUGCUAUCGACUGCCGACUGCAACAGCUGCUAACGGAUGAAAAACAACUGUUUUAUGCCAUUUAUGCUUAG